GCUUAGGCUGAUGCAGGAGCUAAACGGAGGACAAUAAUAGUACCUCGGGAUAUAGGCUGAACACGGUAUUUCCAUCGCCUUUUCAGUGGGAAUGCAAUGAGAUACCAAACAAGGGAGGAACAAAAAGCAGUAAUAGCGCUUCAGGUGGGAUACGAUGCCGAAGAAUUGACAUUGGUCCAUAUCUACACUUUCUGCAAGAAAUAAACUUCGCUUUUGAAAAUGACAUUUCGCAGCAACUCCUUAAUGCCUUUCUCUAUCCAAGCCAUUUUGAACAAAAAAGAGUACAGUGGACACUUGCCAGAUUUGGACAUCUGCUUCUCGAAGACUGCGUGUUGGAAAAUAUUUGGGGAAAUGGAUACAGGUUCGGAGGACUUUCCCGCAUCGUGUAGAAGUGACGAGAAGGCUUGCAUGGUCAGCAAUCAGAAAAGUUACGACUCCGAUUCAGGUCUCAGUGACGACAAUGACAGCAAGACGCUGGCCGUUUGCAAGUCAGAGAAAAACAGGGAUCCUGUUUCAGACGUGCUGGAAGAAAGUUUGCAGGACGAAACGGACCAUGAAUCCAAUGCUGUCGAUAACGCAAAAGGUCUUAGUGACUGUGAACCUAGUGUUUCGGAUUCCAACAACGUAGAAGAUGCCAGUUGUGAUAAAAAAUCGGAUCAGCCCAAACAGAGGAAAAAACGCUCAAGGGCGGCGUUCUCCCACGCGCAAGUGUUCGAGCUCGAGCGGAGGUUCAAUCACCAGAGAUACCUAUCCGGACCGGAGAGAGCAGACCUGGCGGCCUCCCUGAAGCUGACAGAGACGCAGGUCAAAAUAUGGUUCCAGAACCGCAGAUAUAAAACAAAACGUCGUCAAAUGGCUGCCGACUUGAUUGUCUCGGCCCCUGCAGCAAAGAAAGUGGCUGUGAAAGUGUUAGUUCGAGACGACCAGAGACAGUACAACCCCGGAGAACUACUGCGGCAUCCUCUCCUCUCUCUCCAGCCGUCUUACUACUACCCCUACGCCUAUUGCCUCCCUGCAUGGACACACUCUACUUGUGCUGGGAAUCAAUGAGAUUUGAAUAGCCUACGUUGUAUUUAUUUUUCCCCCAUCAGGAAAUCGAGGCAUUUGCUUUAUUGACCUUUUAAGACGAAACCAGGAGAGAUUAAAUAAACUCAGAAAUGCUUAUGUCUCAGAUAUUUGAACUGCCUAAUGGUGUCUAGACUGAACAUGUCCCCGUUUUUGGUAUAGUGAUGCCAUUGUUUCAGAAUGUAGCCCAUGGAGUGUAAACCUUCCAUGUAUGCUACGAGUAUUGGAGAGAGAUAUCAGAGCCCAAAGUGACAUUUCGAAUAACUCCAUUACUGCUUUUCUUUUCUUGCUGUGGUGUAAUAACGGUAAGAUUUUCAGCACUUUUCGAAACAGAGAUAGUGUGGACAUACACUACCAGUCAAAAGUUUGGACACACCUACACAUUCAAGGGUUUUUCUUUAUUUU